CUCUAUCCGCAAUUAUCUGUCAUCAGUCCUAGCGGCGACGAAUAUUUAAGUAGCAGAAAUAUAAAUGCAAGACAUAGGGUAAAAUUUCUUAGGGUCGUAUUCAUUUAUUUCCUUUAUCGUAUCAUCCACGAUGGAAAUUCUGCCAGAGUGUUUCUUCAUAUUUACGUGCACAGGUCUUUGGAAGCCUGCUGGCUGGACUGGAUACAAAUCGAUAGCCUACAAUGUGUACAGAUUCUUGAUGAUAUCUAUACCCAGUCUUUUUGUAAUAUCGGGAUUUUUGGACUUGCUUCUACUCACUACAGAUGUUUCUGAUAUAAGUGACAAUGUAUUUUUGGUACUCACUAUCAUGGUUGACUGUACAAAAAUGUUCAAUAUUAUUUUAAAUCGGAAUAAGAUUGCUUACAUCAUUGACUGCUUACAAAAUAAACCGCUCAGUCCUCAAGAUGAUGAGGAAAUAAUUAUUAAAAAUCGGUGUCAUCGGAUGAAUAGAUUUAUUACAUUUUCUUACUCAACAUUGACUGGAGUUGGAGUAAUUUUGUUCGUCCUUGGACAAUUAAUUGAAAAUGGACGGCAGAGUCUCCUGCCCUACAGAGGAUGGUUUCCUUACAAUUACUCGCAACCAGUAGUGUACUGGCUAACAGCUACACAACAAGGCUCAUCAAUAAUUAUUUGCGCGGCUGUGAAUGCUGCCUUCGACACUUUUUUUCCCGGGAUGAUGUUUCUCGUUUGUGCUCAAGUAAAUAUAUUCAAACAUCGUUUCAAACUUAUGUUGAAUACCCUCGAAAUAAAUAAUAAUAACAAUAACAACAUUGUUGACGAUGACUGCAAAAAAAUAAAUGAUCUAUUUGGAGAAUCCGUCAAACAUCACAAUUAUAUUGUCCAAUUGUUUAAUAAUAUAUAUAAUGUAUUUUCUGCUGUAAUAUUCGUCGAGUAUUCAGUGGGAUCAGUGAUUUUUUGUACGAGCAUUUAUCACAUGUCAUAUAUGAAAGUAAUGACUGUCGAAUUUGUGUCAAAUACUUUUUACGUCGGUACUAUGUUAUUGGAAAUAUUUUUGCUUUGUGUUUCUGCAAAUCAAGUGACAUUGGAGUUCGAGGAUCUCAAUACUGCAUUCUAUGAAAGCAAAUGGUUUGCAGUGAGCAAUAGCGCGCGAAAAUGUUUAAUAAUAAUGAUGAUAAGCGCUCAGAAACAUAUUACAUUUACAACUGGAUACAUUGUGACCCUCUCACUUGACUCAUUUACUAGUCUGGUUAAACUCUCAUACACAAUUUACAACGUUCUCCAACAAUCUUAGCUCACAAGUUAUUGAUAAAUAUUUAUUGUUGUCACAAAAAAAUUAGUAUAUGAUACAAAGAUUUAUUAUGUAUUUAAUUAAUGUAUGAAAUAUUAUUUUAUUUUUCUCUCACAAUUACUA